CGGAUUUUAUUAUUAAUAAUAGAGAUAAAAAAUUAUCAAUGGGUAGUAGGAGCGUUCAAGGGAAAGGACAUCCAAAAGACUUCGCAAGUUAGAGAAUAAGAUGGAGGAGAUAGCAACGGGGUUUGCUGUAAUAAAGGAAGCCAUCUUGGGACGCCACGAUACAGUCCGUGAGACACCAGAGCGGUCGGAAUCAGAUGUAGAAGAUAAUCGUAUCCAUUACAACUACGGGUUAAUUGUGAACACGAGAUGCAAUCACAAUUUUCAGCCUACAUCAACUAAGGACCAAGCCUCGAGUGAGCAGCAAGUGGCAGAAGAAGAGAAUUCUCAGCCUGAAACAACUAGCAGAGUAGUCCUACCGAGUUCAGAGCCAGUUGAAAGCGCAGAAACAGAGAUCCCAUGGGAGCUGGAUGCGGAUGCUCUCCGUAUCUUGGGAGAGGAACUGGUGCAGGAAGAACCUCGAUUAGUCCUGCUCUCCAGUGUCGUUAAUCGCUGGAAAAAAUAUUUUGUCGAAGGCUUAAAGAAAGAGGUUAGGGAGUCACUCCUAAGCAAAUAUCCCAGGAAAGGCAAAUUCUAGCUUGAGCCGCCGAUUCUGAAUGAAGAGGUCGCAGCGAACCUAAAAAAACCAGCUCUGAAAAGGGACAAAUACUUUAGUGGUACGCAGAAGCUAGCAGGGUCUGCCUUGGCUGCUUUAGUUCCAGUAAUUGAGUCUCUGGCAUCUCUUAGGGAUCAAGACAAUGGUAAGAGAUUGGAGCAUGUCUGGGAUGCGGCAAAAUUACAAGUUGAGAUCCAUAGAUCUCAAACGGUUGCACGCAGAGCUUGCAUCUUACCGACGUUGUCAAGACAGUGGGCGACGGCACUAGAGAAAAGAGAGGCUGACGAUUUUUUGUUUGGCGAUAAACUAGGUGACAAGGAAAAUCAAAGAUGAUAAGGCAGAAAGUAUUUUGGUUGUACCUUAUUGGCCUACUCAGGUCACAUCAUCCUUUAGCUGCGAGAUUUACCCUGGUUGUCGCCAGGUUAUCAGCCAGGCACUUGUAAUCAAAGGCAUGCCUAAGGAAGCAGUUGAUAUCUCGCUACCUUCACUAGCAGAAGCAACACUAAACUAUUGCAAUGGAACUUUGAAGCUCUGGUGGCGUUGGAAUAAUCAGGUCAUCGAAGAUCCAUAUGAGGUGUCUGUGGAGAAGGUUUUAAAAUUUUUAACAGAAAAAUUCGGUGAUGAAGUUGGACAUAGCGCACUAAACUCAGCCAGGGCGGCGUUAUCUUUGAUAUCAAACGAGGAUAUCACGAACAGUCCAUUAAUAAGCCGAUUUAUCAAGGGUUUUUCGAGGAUAAGACCUGGAUGUCCUUAAUACGAAUCUACUUGGGACGUAGACCCAGUUUUGUCAAAGCUGGCGGAAUGGGGUCCAGUGCAGGAACUUCCUUUGAAGAAAUUGACGGAAAAGCUUGUUGUGCUAUUGGCUUUGGGUACAGCGCACCGCUGUCAAACGUUGGCGCUGAUUAAUAUCUCGAGCAUUACCGUUUCAGAGUCAAAAAUUGAAAUCCGAAUUCCUGGGAGGAUCAAGACUUCUCGACCAGGAGUCCCGCAGCCGGUUUUAAGACUUUCAUUCUUUUUGGACAAACCAGAAUUAUGUAUUAUCAAAAGCUUGAAUCAAUAACUGUUGGCGACUAAGGGGCUGCGAGGAGAUGUUGAUACUUUGUUUAUCUCAAUUAACAAGCUGCAUAGGGCGGUCAGGAGUGAGACGAUCAGCCGGUGGAUAAGGACGACGUUGGUAUCACUCCACGAGGCAUGCAUCGACGUCAAAAGCUUUUGACAAAGGCAUUAGUAUCGAGAAAUUAAGAAAGUGGCAGGUUGGUCCAAAAACUUCAAAGUGUUUACCGACUUUUACCACCAGCCAAUAACUAUUCACAACAAUAAUUUUGCAGAGGUGGUGUUAACACCCAAUAAAUGUGUGUAAUUAUAUUAGCAAUAGGUAUAAGCCGUUAGAAGUGUAAGGUAUUUCAUUUUUUCUUUUUAUUCCGUGUAAUCGGAUAAUUACCACUGAUACUAAGAGAUUGUUGCUCUAAACAGCUACCUUCGU